AUGGCGCUGUGCGACUCCGUGUCCUGCUUCGUGGGCGUCCCCGCCGCCCCGGCCCAGCGCCCUUCGCCGGCCCUCCGCGCCUCCCUCUCCGAGCCGCGCGUCGAGAGCGGCGCGAGCUCGGGCUUCAACACCGCCGCCGCGUGCUCGCUCGUGGCGGCUGGCGUCGUGGGCGCGGCCGCGAGCCGCCGUCGCUCCUCCGCCAAGGUGGCCAGGCAGGCGGUCGGUGUGGGCAUCAACGGCUUCGGGCGCAUCGGGCGCCAGGUGGCCCGCAUCGUCAUGAAGGACCCGGAGACGGAGUUGAAGCUCGUGAACGCGAGCUACGACGCCGAGUACCUCGCCUAUCCAGCUAUGAAGUACGACUCGAUCCACGGCAGGUACGACGGCACCAUCGAGGUCGACGGGGACUCCUUGGUGAUCGAUGGGCACAAGGUGGCCCUGUCGCACACCCGCGACCCGGCUGAGAUCCCUUUCAAGGAGCACGGGGCGGAGUACGUCUGCGAGUCCACCGGCGUGUUCCUGACCGACGAGAAGAUCCAGCCGCACCUCAAGGCGGGCGCGAAGAAGGUCGUGUUCUCGGCCCCGGCCAAGGACGACAGCCACACCAUCGUGAUGGGCGUGAACCAGGACACCUACAAGAGUGACAUGAGUUGCGUGUCGUGCGCAUCGUGCACCACCAACGGCCUCGCCCCCAUGGUGAAGGCCAUCAACGACGCGUUCGGUAUCAAGCGGGGCCUGAUGACUACUAUCCACGCCAUGACCGCGUCUCAGCCAACCGUGGACGGGGCGUCGAAGAAGGACUGGCGCGGUGGCCGUGCGGCAUCUGGCAACAUCAUCCCCUCCUCCACCGGGGCGGCCAAGGCGGUGGCGAAGGUCGUGCCGGAGGUGGCGGGCAAGCUCACGGGCAUGGCCUUCCGCGUGCCCACGAUCGACGUGUCGGUCGUGGACCUCACUUGCGAGCUGGAGAAGGCGACGACCUACGAAGAGAUCUGCGCCGAGAUCAAGCGGCGCUCCGAGGGCGACAUGAAGGGGUUCUUGGGCUACUGCGACGAGGCCCUCGUGUCCACGGACUUCGAGACGUGCCCCAUCUCCAGCACCUUCGAUGCCAAGGCGGGCAUCAUGCUGGACUCCACGUUCGUGAAGCUCGUGGCCUGGUACGACAACGAAUGGGGCUACUCGUGCCGUGUUGUUGACCUCAUCAAGCACAUGGCCAAGGUCGACGGAGCAUAA